GAGUCUUCCUCAUCCCUUACCUGCUCUUCAUCUUCGUGGGAGGAAUCCCGAUCUUCUUCCUGGAGAUCGCUCUGGGUCAGUUCAUGAAGGCCGGCAGCAUCAACGUGUGGAACAUCGCUCCGCUCUUUAAAGGUCUCGGUUACGCCUCCAUGGUGAUCGUCUUCUUCUGCAACACGUACUACAUCAUGGUGCUGGCGUGGGGCUUCUACUACCUGAUCAAGUCCUUUAACUCCGUCCUCCCGUGGGCGUCCUGCGGCAACGAAUGGAACACGCCCAACUGCAUCGAGAUCUUCCGCCACUCGGACUGUAAGAACGGCAGCAUGGCCAACGUCACCAUGGUGGGAAACCUGACCUGCGCCGAGCUGGCCGACGCCCGCUCGCCCAUCAUCGAGUUCUGGGAGCACAAGGUGCUGAAUAUCUCUCCUGGUCUCGACCACCCGGGGAAGAUGAACUGGGAGCUCAUGUUGUGUCUGGUGGCCGUCUGGAUUCUGGUUUACUUCUGCGUCUGGAAGGGAGUCAAGUCCACCGGAAAG